AUGGCGACGAAAUUGUUUCUGCUGCUCUACAGUGGAUGGCAGAACCAAGGUAACGCGCAUGCCCCCACAUGUUCGAUUGAUGGCAAGCACUAUAUGGACGAAAAGGUGUGGAGCCCCAACGGGGGUGUCCAGACGGACGCAUCAGGCUGCCAACGGGUGUGUCUGGCAGACGUCGGGUGUUCGUUCUGGACAUUCUACAACUCAUCGCAUAUGUGCUGGCUAUUGGGGCAGCAUGCAACUCUGGGGACCAUCCCUGACAGUACGGCUACAAGCGGCCCAAAAAGUUGCAAUGCGAUGGAGGUGCCUCUGCAGUUUCCCGAAUCCGUUGAGCCUGCGACCGCCAUCACAGGAAAAAAGACAUCUUUGGAAGAUGCCCUGGAGCAGAUUCAACGAAGUGGCUCUUUGGCGAUGCAGCAUUUGGAGGGCAAGGCUGUGCCGCUGCGAAGUGUGCUGGAGCACCCCUUCCACCUCAUGGAGCCAGAGGCAGUCACUGACACAACGAGCUUCAGAGGCUUGCCUUGGUUCAUUGCCGUUGUAGCUCUUCUUUGUGCAGCUGCCACGGCCGCUACAGUCCUGUGGCUGCUCAGGAAUCAGGAUAGUAUUGACAGCGAGGUUGAGCCCACAGACCAGGAUGCGCUUGUGGAAAUCCCGACCAUAGAGCUUGCAUCGCAACGUCUAGCAACCACAAGGCAGAGCAUCCAUGCACUCGACUCUGCAAUGCGGACUGACCGUCCGCAACCGAUGGUAUCUGCUGACCCAGAACAACAGAGCACGAAUCUUGUGUGA